AUCCGAUCCGAUCUGUCCAUAUUCGAUUCUAUUGCUGGCUUUGAUUAGUCGUUUGGGGAUAUUUCCUUCUACCUAGCGUUCUCUUUGGAGAAUCCUCCUUGUUUUUUUUUUUUGUUUUUUCUAUUAUAAUCAGUUCGUCUGGUGGAAUUGUGGCUUCUUUAUCUCUAUAAUUUCGAUUGAUCUCCGAAUAGUACAUAUAUAUAUAUAUUUGAUUGAUUGAGGAAUAUAUUGAGAUUUGUGAAAUGGUUAAUUCAGAGGAACGGAAACCGGCCGUCGGUGAAUGGAUCGGUGAUGUGGAUCCGUUGGAUCAGAUAAUUGAUGAGGAGGAUAUGGUAGACGUUUCUUCGAGCGUCGAUAAGGCGUCGGUGAGUGCGAAUCAAUCUGUUACGCGGAGGUUAGCGGAAUUGUUUGUGGAGGAUGGGGAUGGAGAUCUGCUUCUGCAGAGGAGCGAUAGGGAGGAUGGUGUUCAUAAAUGGCUUCGGGCGUUGAAUCUGCAGGUCAUGGGGGCGUGCCGGGCCGAUGAGAGGUUGAAGCCUCUACUGAAGCUAAAUACGUCAACCGAUGCCGCCGAAGACCCAUUGCUGGCACAUCUAAGUCAGCACUUUGAACCAGCCGAGGUUGGAAUGCUAGCCAGGUGCUUGUGCAUUCCUCUUGUCUCUACUCGGGUUGGAAAGAUCAACAAGCAAGGAACACUCCUUUUCCCAACAUCUGUAAGGGGGAAUUUAUGUGUCACUCUUUUACCAUCUUCUGAUUUGCGCAUAUCAUUUAAUGGAGAUGAUGGCUUCAUUGAGCGGUUAGCAACACUAAGCACUGAGGCCCAAUGCAAUGAGAUUGAAAUUGAAGAGAUCUUGGCGGAUAAAUCUGGGAGGUCUUUCUUUAUUAAGGCUUCGGAUGGGUUAGUUUCUUAUUUUUGGUGCUCUGAAAAAUCAAAGCUUUUGGGAACUGAAUUGCUAAGAAAGAUGAAGGCUUUGCUAAUUAAGAAACCUUCACUUGCUGAAUUAACUGGAAUUUGUGAUUCACGCCUCAACUGUUUUGCUACUCAUUUUCGAGCUUAUCUUGCUGGAUCGAUGCAUGCUACUAGUGCUCAUGUAGGCCUCUCAGACGACCAACACGAUUCUGCAGGAAUUAUAUCAUCAUCAUCGUCCAUCUGUCAGAAGAUUGCACAUUUUCAGCAGGCAAACCUUACCUAUGAGGACAGUUCAAUCCUCCUCAGGUCAGGUUCUUCUAAAGAUGGUCCUCCACACAAUAUUUCAUCCAUAGAGCUCAUUGGAAUUUCCGAUUCCUCAUCAUCGGAUUGCACUGAUUAUCCAUCUGACAGCAAUGGGACUACUGCUCAUCAUCAUCACCCACUGGCGGUGUUGAGUUUCUUGGAGAAAUCAUCGUCCGCCACGGAGCUUCCCCAUGCAGCAGGUCAGGCAAUGCAAUUCCCUCCUCCCCCCAUUUCUCCUCAGUACUGCUGGUGCCCUCCUGUAACACCAACAUUAGAAAUUCCACAGCUAUCCCUCGCAGCUGCUCCUCCUUCGUACGAACCACCAUCACUGCCUCCUCCUCUAUCUGUUUAUCUGGCAUCAAAGAAGCCGUUGCUAAACCUGGCAGACGGGAUCCCACCUAUAGAUUUCCCUCCUGAGCUGCCGUCGUUGCUGUGCACUUCUCAGCAGCAGAUACCGACAUUCACCCCUUUGGUGUGUGAUCCGAUUAUUCACGUCCCAGUGAUUGAUGUGUGUUCCUCUGGGCAAGGCUAUUUGGUGAGUGGCGGACCUGCCACUGCCAUGUCCACUGUAAUCCCACCCGUCAAUGUUGACCGCCCUUCUUCCUCAGCUGAAUCAAUGGUUGAAAAAAGCGCUAGAGAGACGCUCCGAAUGCUUAUUAGCAGUUCGAUGUCCAACCCGGUGGUGGCAUUUCCUUCCCUUUUGAGCAGUGACAACACUGGAAGCAGCAGCAGCAGAGCCCUUUAUAGCGGAGGAACCCAAGAUGUGGUGGAUCCCAUGGAAUUCCUCCUUGGCGGCAUUCAGCAAGAGAACUACUUGUUCAAUCAAAAUGUAAACCGUCACCAGCCUAAAUGGAACACUGAUUCUUCUUCUACCCCCGAUGAGAUGAAUAGUAAUAGUAAUAAUGAUAGCUAGAUCGUCGACAUGGAAAAUUUUGCCUUGUGGUAAAUGUUGGGCUUUUCUUUUACGUAUAUGUGUAUGGGAGGGGGCAGUUUAGAAAAGCUCCGGAUGGAUGUCUGCUUUUGCCGCCUCAUUGUAAUCAAUCAGCUUCAGCUCCACCUCAAUAUAAUUUCAGUUAUGGAGGGUGUAGUAAUAAUUCA